CACGCCGGCAGCGCAGUACAAUCGCUGCUACUUUAAUCCGCUACUGGGAUCGUGGGAUCUCCUCCGGCGUGGGAGACCCGCGAGAGCGUCGUAGGCGCCCGCUUGUUGACGUUACCACGCUGCUGCACGCUCGCCGCCGCAGUCGUGACAUCGACAGCUGUGUUGUUUUGCGCGCUCUCACCGUUCACCGCGUAUCCACACCGCACCACGGUAAAAGCGGCAGCGGCGAAUGGCACGACCCACGAUCGCACAACAACGCGACACAACCAUCCAUCCAUCCAUCCGCGAACCGCGUGCAGUGCGGCGCACACGGCACACACAUCGCACACGCGUUCGGAUUCGGCCUGUGCCGUCGCGAGACCCGGGCCCGCGUCUUCUUCUUGUCCGCAGACGCGGCGUGGCCAAGUACAGUGAACUCAAAGACGCGCGCGCGGCUGAUCACGGCCGGAUCCUGUGGUCGAUAGUCGCGAUUGGGCCUGGCUGAUGAAGACUUACCAACAAGACUGAACAAAACCACCCUACAAGAAGAAAACUCCUCGAAGAAACAAAAGCCACGCUCUGAUUGUCCAUACUUUUGGUAUUGUUGCAGCAAUGCCGAGCUUUGACGAAAUCCGAGCGCACACGCGUGCGAUGUUGCGAGUGCACAACAACGGCAGCGGUGUCCCAGGCUUCACCGAGUACGAAGAAGAUAUUCACUUCGACGAGGACGAUCCGGACUUCGGCGACGACGAUCUGGAUCACCCGCAUGUCACACCCAUAAGCAUGCCACUAUCGGUACCCAUUUUCCUCAAAGUGCCCAGCAAAAUGUCACUGGCCAGCGUGCAUCCAGUCGAUAUUCAUUCCAGUCACAGUUCCUUAACGCUCAGCCACAGUCUGGACGACGUAUCAAGUUGGAGUUCCUCUGUCGAACAGGUGAUGACUAUCGAACAGCUCCGCCACCAGCUCUCGAGCUGUUUCACCUGCGGCGUCUCCUGGAAUGACCGCCACGUCUCGCUCGACUGCUCCGAAUGCGGCGGUUACGCCAUGGAGCGACCAUGCCCCGAAUGUGAUGGCCACUGCGGUGCUGUCUGGAAGCGGGAUCUCACCAUGUCGCAUUCGAGCGGAAAAGCCCGCUGGAUUGGCGCGUGCCUAAGCGAAGAUAAAGAACCCGACCCGAACAGCCGCUCCCGGCAGCCGCCCGCCGACGGCGCCGGCGGACCCGAGCAGGACCUGAGCCAGCGACUCGAGAAGCUCACCGCAGCCAAUUCAUGACGGCAUUUCACGCUGUGAAGACACACGCGCGGCACCAUCGGCGUUGUCACGCAUCCAAAUCCUAUCUACACGCUAAACUUAAACUAAAUCUUAUAAACAUUUAGGCAAAUUUAUACUAUUUGUAAUUGGCGUUUCGCACGUGGUACAUGUUUCGAAUUGAAGCCUGUUGGGGAGGGAAACGCAGGGGGACACGGUGGCGAAUUGGACGGUCGAUUUGAAAUCAUCAUCUUUCGUUGAGGCAACCAUUCUAAUCAAAAAAAUCAAAAGAUCUGUUGAACGGACGAGAACGUGCACAAGCUCUGCAGUAUUCCAGCCGGCGCUGGUAUCCGGCGUCGCGGAAAGAUCCAGAUUGUGGCGCACUCCAUUCCUCAAUCAUCAAUAAACGACUUGUAACACUUGUACAUAGUACUGUAGCCAUUUUAAUCUUGUGUAUCACACCUUCAUGGACGCUUCUUGAAGUCUACUACUUAAGAGACCAAUACUAUGCGCUUAUGUACGUGUUGUGUCGUUUUGGUAGCACUGGUAGAGUAUCUAUUUUUAUUCUCCCCGACGGCAACGUAAUCUCCAUAUCGCCUUGUGAAACAGGAGGUAAGUUUGGUGCCCAGCGCUCGCUCGCUCGCUCACUCUGCUCGAGAAUUUAUUGUAUUAUAGCUAUUAUUAUCAUUGUGUACUUUGUAUAAGACUAUAAGGCGAACACUAUUCUGGUGGAUAAUAAAUGAUAUUAUUACAUCAUA